AUGGGGUCUGUUAAUUCCUCUGGCGAGCCCAGAUUGGUCAUUGCUUCGAAUCGCCUGCCCCUGUCGGUCAAAAAGACCGAUGGAAAAUAUGAUGUCACCCCAUCGAGCGGCGGCCUGGUGAGCGCACUGAGAGGUCUGAAAACCGCGAAGUUCCUGUGGCUAGGUUGGCCUGGAUUGGCCGUUGAUCCAAGUCACAGAGACAGAGUCGACGAGCAAUUAGCCAAAGAACAUGCAGCUGCUGUAUACCUUGAUGAAGACCUUGCCAAAGAUCACUACAAUGGCUUUUCCAAUGCAAUCUUAUGGCCAAUUCUUCACUAUCAAGCUGGGAAAUCAAUGACCCCGACUGUGUGGGAAGCCUACAGGCGCGUGAACGAGAUCUUUGCAGAAAGUGUCAGCAAUGAGGCGCGAGAUGGCGAUCUGAUAUGGGUGCAUGAUUAUCAUCUUUUUCUCCUGCCGCAGAUGCUGCGCGAUCGCUUAAAGGCUCAGGGAAAACGAUGUCCCAUCGGGUUCUUCCUCCAUACUCCCUUUCCAGCGGAUGAUUACUGGCGAGGACUGCCGUUUGAGGAGGACUUGCUUCAGGGAGUGCUUGGCAGCGACGUCAUUGGGUUUCACACCGACGAAUACAAGAAGAACUUUGUCGCUUCUUGUGAUGUGUUGCUCGGAUCCGUUCAAGUGACCAAUGACCAUCUCCGCUAUAAGGACCGUAUGAUAAAGACAGGGAGAUACAUUGCAGGCAUCGACGUUGGGAGAUUUACAAGAACGCUCGAAGAUAGAAAGGUUCAGGCUAGAAUCAAAGAGCUCGAGUCACUUUACAAAGGCAAGAAAGUGAUCAUUGGAGUCGACCGCCUGGACUAUACCAAGGGGUUGACAGAGAAGAUGGAAGGGUAUCGAAUUUUCCUGGAUGAACAUCCAGAGCUACGCGAUAAAGUGAUAUUGGUACAAAUCGCUAUUCCCAGUCGGGAAGACGUCAAAGAAUACCAAGAUCUAGAAGGCGAGGUGAGCAAGUCUGUGGGCCAGAUCAUUGGAAAACACGCUACGCCCCAUUCCACACCCCUUCUCUAUAUUCACCGCUCCGUCUCGUUUGAAGAUCUGACGGCUCUCUAUGCGAUUUCUGACGUGUGUUUUCUUACAUCCCGCCGAGACGGACUCAAUCUGGUGGCCUCGGAAUAUGUCGCAUGCCAAGACAGGAGGCACGGUGUUCUGGUGUUAUCAAAGUUCACCGGUGCAGCAAGCUUUUUAAGCCACGGGAGCGUUUUGUGCAAUCCAUCAAGUGCCGAAGGUCUUUCAGAGUCGCUCUACCAAGCGAUUACAAUGGAUGAAGAAGAUCGCAAAAACAGACAUAAUGCUCUAAGAGACUUUGUUACCACACACUCAAGUGAGAAAUGGACAAAGAGCUUCUUGGAUGAUCUUGAAAAGUAUCGUGUGCAAUGA